GAGUUCAUCCGUUUUUGUCUCCCCAAACUUCAUUCCUCUUACCAAUCUCACCGAUGAACCUUGAUGAAAUGUUUUAAACAGCUUUCCAAUACCGCAUUUUCAUUUCCUAUUCCCAUGAAUUGUCCGCCUCAAAACGCCUGCUGCUCUCCCACUCAUAGAGAGGGAUUCCAAGAUACACUCCGCCCCCGCUCCUAGUAAUGGUUAGCUAUGUUAUACGCUAGCAACACCAGGCGGACUCCUCUCUAUACCACCGCUACUGCCAAUCUCCUCCGCCUUUCGCCAACGCUACCACCAACACCAACCACCACGACGUGUGCUGUCACCGGUAUGGUACACCACGGCACACCUGUCCACGACCUCACGCAGAGCACGGUCUCAAGUAUCGCUGCCAUUGCCAUUACAUUUCACGUAUAUCGGCUUCGAUCUGUUCAAGACAAACUGCUUUGCUUCCAAGCUGGCGCCUGACACCGUUUUAAAACGCGCUACGUGUAAUCCGUGCGAACAAAAAAGUACGUUUAUGACAAACACGUCCACUCACUCUUAAUUUUGAGCGGCUGCUUUUUAUGAUCAGUUUUCCUUUUUUGCUUGUUUUUUUUUCAUGUUAGUAUACUGUGGAAAUGCAAACGCCGCUGCAGCAUUCCCAAUCGUCCUCACAAUUUCCCAAUGGAGGAGCUGCUCCAGUAAAACGACGAAAUUACCGUGUGUUAUAUGAUCCGGAAAUUCAUUACAAAGCUGCGUACGCGAAGAAACCGAUCUACCGUUUUGAUGGACACGCGAAGCCGCCAAUUCAGGCUGUCGAUCCUCGUGAACACAAUCCUAAUUACUCGCGAGGAAUACCAAAUAGCAGCCGUCCAGUGCGUAAGUCCCUUCUGCCAGUCCAAUUUGAGUACGACAGCAAUUCAAUUGGGCCAGAACCACCAACCCAAGUACUAAUAACUAAUCUCUCGCCGCUGGUUACGGCAAACGAUAUUCGUUAUCAUUUCAAAACAUUCGGAAGCGUGAACGAGGUCGAUCUUCAACUCAAUCCAUACAAUGGCACUUCACUUGGCCUUUGCCGAGUGACCUUUCGGAAGGAUCCUUCUGUUUCGGCAGCGCAUGCUGCCGCUAAAAAAGCUGUCGCUUCCGGAACCGGCUUACGGCUGAAUGGUAAGUGUAUGCGGGUUGAGCUCGAUAAAGACGGUUCGCUUUGUCGCAAGGCAUAUGAGCGAGCUGUGCAUGCUCUUGAGGAACAGCUCGCAGCCGAAGAGGCACAUCAACAAGAGCUCGCUCAAGCGGAGGCCGUUGCAAAAGCAAAAGCUGCUGCCCUACAAGCCCAAGCCGCUGCAGCUGCGUCCAGACAGAACCAAAAGGUUCAUCGCUAUGGCUCAUACGAGCCUUCUUAUUUUACCGAAUCCCCAUCCCACUCCCAUUCUUAUGCUCCAUCCUCCUCUUCUUCUUCAUCCGCACUUCCAUCUUCUUCCCAUUCUUCUCAUCACCCUCCCGAAAAUCUGGAUGAACUGGUGUACUUAUUCAUAGAUGACCGUUUUGUUCCCCCUGACCGUGUACUUUACAGCGACAUUCGCCAUCAUUUUCGCAAGUACUACUAUGACCGUAUUUACAUGGACCGACGAGGUUUUUAUAUAACGUUCUCCAAUUAUGAAGAGGCGCGCGAGUGCUACUAUCGGUUGGAUCGAACAUAUGUGAAUGACUGUCGUAUAAAAUUGCGAUUCCAUGAACCCCCAGUUCUGCGCAAUCAUGUUCCCGAAAAAGACAUUACGACGACUACUCCGCGGGAACGCGUACUAAAGGCUGCUACAGAUGCUAUUCUCACAGAGUUGAGCGAGGUCUUAUUACGAGAUAUAAAAACAAAGAUUGCUGGUCCUGCCAUCUUUAAGUUCUUUACUGAUUACAAAAAUGCACAUCCUCGCAGCGAUAAACAAGAAGCCGCAAUUGAGGCAAGGGUUGAACCAGCAUCUAUAGAUGCGAAAUCGACCAAACUUGAAGAGGAGGUUCCCGUUGAUGUACCUCUUGAUUCGCUCUUACAUAAAAAGACCGUGCUUCCAAAAUUCAGGAAACGCGUUACUAGUGGAACAACCACAAAAGGGUCUAAAGCCUUGCCUACUGCACAAAGUGUGCGCCGUCGUAGACGGAGGCACUCUGAUGCACGUCCUCUCUAUCAUCGUCUGAAUGAUAACGUUGAUGAUAGCGAGUACAGUGAGGGCAAAGAGGAUGAAGACGUGUCUGAUACUCACUACACUCAGAACAUUCUCUCCGAAACUUCAAGCAGCGAGGAGGAAGUUGAGGAGGGGGAUCAGUUAAUCUUAAAUACCCAUGAUCAUGAGACAGAAGAAGAGGAAGAGAGUGAGGAUAAUGAGGAUUUCCUCGAAAAAUUUCACGCUGCUUCUCAAAAGAGUAAAACAACGGAGGAAGAACAACCGGACUUUACUGAUGAGAUUGACUAUACUUCGAGCGAUGAGGAGACUGUUCAGGAACAAGCUGUGGCCCCCCUUCCUGAACAUACAGAAGUAUCCGAGUCCGCAUUGAAGGCGGAACGCGUUGAAACCAAAAUCGAAGCAACAACAGUGACUAUAAAAUCUACGAUUUCAGAAAGUAUUGUUCCUGCUAUUCCGGUGAAACAAAACACAUGGUCCGAAGAUGGUUUCGUGUUCCAUGGAACCUUGCCAAAUACUUACCCUGAGGAUGAGGUUUUGCUUGACUUGGACGGCUUUCAGCAAAUCGUGAAGGAUGAUGAGGAUUUACAAUAUUUACGGGAAGUUGUUGCUGCGGAAGAGUCGAAGGAACUUGGUGAUACUAACUAUUGGGCCUAUCGACGAAAGGAGAGUAAAAUUCGAAACGGUGACGCUGAGCCGUCGAAUCUUGUUCUUCCCUUUAACAAAAACGAGUACCAUAAGCCCAAUUCGACCGGUUCGGCACGUACCGAAGGUUAUUACAUGGUACCUGCAGCAGAAAAAUCACAAUACCUCCCUCUUCGGAAUAGGGUUAGUUUGGAAAAGGCAAACACCUCUAGUUCACGCAUUACGAGUCGUAUGAAUAGAGUGAACAAUCGUCGUCUUGCUGCCGGUGUCGAAAAAUCUAAUUUGAAUUCGGAGACAGACUUACUCCGAUUCAACGCCUUAAAGGCAAGAAAAAAACAGCUUCGUUUUGGCCCUAGUCGAAUUCAUACACUAGGUUUGUUCGCUAUGGAGAACAUUGACAAAAACGACAUGGUAAUUGAAUACGUUGGAGAAAUUGUUCGGCAACGUGUGGCUGAUACACGAGAGCGCAAGUACGUUAGGGAAGGUAUUGGCGACAGUUACCUCUUCCGUAUUGACAAGGAUGCCAUCGUGGAUGCAACCAAGAAGGGCAAUAUUGCUCGUUUUAUCAAUCAUUCAUGUGCACCAAACUGCAUAGCCAAAAUUAUUCGCGUUGAAGGUCAUCAAAAAAUUGUAAUAUAUGCCGAUAGAGACAUCGAGGAAGGAGAAGAGCUUACUUACGACUAUAAGUUCCCUGAAGAGGUGGAUAAGAUUCCUUGUUUGUGUGGUGCGCCUACUUGUCGUGGAUAUUUGAAUUAGACGUAAAUGUAAAUGAUGAAUAUAAUGCGUUCACUAAAAUUGUAUCUAUA